GCUAAACCAAAAUGUAAAAAAAUAAAAUAUUCCCAGCUGAUUGACUUACAUAACCUCUUCCGCUCUUUCCAAAACAUUCAUUCAUUUGCAAUUAUGAUAUCGGCGGUAAGGAGUUUGUUAUUGGAGCGUGUCUCUGUUGGCUUAUCCCUGCCUCGAAUUACAUCGGUGCUGUAUAGCACAGAAACCGCUGGUAGCAGUGGUCAGCCCAUUCAGAAUAUUACAACUCCUGCUAUUAAUGAAGUUGCCGUCGAGAAAGAUAAACUUUAUAGAAAAUUAGAAAUUGAAUUGCGUGGAGUUGAUCCAGCAGUGCUCAAAAGUUAUGCCUGGUUUGCAACGACGGCAGCGAACCACUUAAAUAUUGAAGUAGGCAAAAGUUGGGCUGAGCGUAAGGCACAUCACGAUCGUUUGACUCUACUAAAAUCGGUGCAUAUUUAUAAGAAACAUCGCGUACAAUAUGAAGUGCGCACUUAUUUCCGUUACAUGAAUUUUCACAAAAUGACAAGUUCAACAUUAGAUACUUUCCUCGAGUACAUUGAACGUAAUUUACCUGAAGGUGUUGCUUUAAAUGCAACUAAAAUUGAACUGCAAGAAAUUCCUGAGCAUUUGAGGCAGCCACCAAGUGAAGUUUAAYGUAUUCGAAUUCGAAUUGUUUUAGUUAUUUAAAAUUUGUUUACAAAAUAUAAUAAAUAAUGAGCUCUUAUUCUGUUAAAUAUAUUUUGCAAAUAUUGU